AUGAGAUCGUCCCUAGAGCCUUUGCUGCCAGAAGCUCCUUCGGGGCGGAUGCUGCACGCGUCAAUUCGGCAGUCGCUGCCAAGUCGCAUCAGCGCGCACGUCGCGCGGCGUCUCUCUGUCUUUGGCGUUGCAGAGGCGCCGCGCAAUGGUACUGUGGCUGGGGCAGCCAUCAACACUCUGUGCAACGUCAUUGGGGCAGGGGUGCUGUCACUUCCGCUUGCAAUGUAUGAAGCCUCCGUAACUGGGGCCAUCGUGCUCAUGGUAUACGCCGCUCUUCUUGCCGGUUUUGCCGCCUUCGCCGUUAUCGCGGGGUGUGACUUCACGCAACGCUUUUCCUUCACGGAGGUUAUGGCCUUUACCAUAUAUCCUUCUCUUACGUUUGAGGAAUUCUGUACAAAGGAUCCUAAUCUAUUGCUAGAGGACUUCAUCGAGGUGGAAAAGGGGGCAAUGGAGAUGGAGGAGCUGCGCAGACAGUACACGGAAAGCGAAAUUGUGCGCCGAAAGCGACGCCGCAUCGUGACAGUAGUGGUGGAAAUCAUAAUCUUUCUAAACAACUACGGCGCGCUUAUCAUUUAUUCGCGUGUCAUUGCUGAUUCCAUACCCCUCGUGGUGAAGAGCUUUCUGCAUGGAUCUGGCUUUCUUGUCACACACGCGUUUUGGCGCAUCACAUCAGGCGUUAUCUUCUUUUUCCUCAGCUGUGUGCGGAAUAUGGACGAACUUAAGUGGACCUCCGUGCUUGGGUUUCUUACCAUAUUCUACAUUGUUGUUACUGUUGUGGUGCGCUACUUCACGAGUUGUGGGGACCCGCCGUAUCCAAACGUUAAUCCGGAGGAUCACGGUGAAACAAAUUGGUACUCCGUGGGCACAGGAAUAUUCCGCACCAUGUCUACCUACGGUGUUGCGUUCAGUUACCACUAUAAUGUGCCGUACUUUUACCGGGAGCUCGCCGACCGCACAUCGAUGAAUAUGAUAAAAAGCGUAUAUAUUUCCUUUCCUAUCAUUUUCUCAUGUUAUGCCCUGACAGGCGUAUUUGGAUACCUGACGUUUGGCAACUUAGUGGCUAGCAGUGCAGUUGGCGGUGAUAUCGUGCGCAAUUAUCCUGAUGAUGACCCGGUGGUGAAUGUAGGGCGCCUUGGACUUUUCCUGCACUUCGCUUGUGUGUAUCCCAUCCUCUCAGUGUGUGCACGACGUGGGUUGCACAGAUUGAUCAUGCUCGCGUUAACGUGGAGUGCACAGACCACACGCAUCGAGGAGGAACGGGAAUGCAUGCAGGCCUCUAAUGAGGGUCGUGAGCGAAGCUCGCGUAUCGUAAAUGAAACUUCUUUGGAGGCAAAUAUAGACAGAGACGUUGGUUCCCCAGAGGACACCACACGGUUAGCCAUUGUCCUUGAGGCAUUGUUUCUUGUUGGUACUACUGUUCUGAUGUCCGCCGUUAUUUCUGGCAUAUCAGUUGUGAUUGACUUUCUGGGGACAUUGUUUGGUAUUUUUCUGAUGUUAACGGGUCCAGGGUUGAUUGCGUGGUUUGUGUUCUCCCGCGCACAACUGGAUGGCCCUGCUCCGUACCGAUUUGCUCGUCUUUUUAUGCUCAUUGCGGUGCUGCUUGUUGCCACAGGGGUCGUGUUUACGGUGGUGGGCUUGGCGUUCAUCAUUAAGAGCUAUGUAACGUAG